AUGGCACGCCCCGUACACGGACUGCUUCACCCACUGCUCCUCGCCGUCUGCUGCUUCCUCCCACUUCAGGUCUCCGAGUGCUCUAGACCAUCAUCGUCAUCGCCGGCGGAUCACCUCCACCACCAGCUGCCGCUGCUGCUCGAUGCCGAGGCCCGCACCGCUCGGCCGCCCACCUUCAGCACGGAGGUGGCGGGAGACGGGAGGACCGCCGCCGCCGCCGACGCGGCACCCUCGUCCGCGUCGGCGACGACGCCUGCGCGGGCCGUGGGUGCCGUCGCUUCUUCGCGGCCGCGGCAGACGAGCGACCGAGCGCUGGUGCGAGCGGGGAGGACACCAGAGGUGCUGCUGCUGCGCUCCAAGCUAGCGCGGCGGUUUCUGGCAGGGGCAGGCGACAGGCGUGUGGAUGAGGCCGCCGCCAGCGCCGUGGACGGAGCCGCGGCGUCCUGUCAUUCCAACAACCCGCAUAUAAAGUGCCCACCGGCGUGA